AUGGGAUAGUUAUACAGCUUUGUUCAAGAUAAUAAAAAAAUUGUUGGCAUAACUGCAGUUGCAGCUUUAGGGGCAACAGCGACAGUGGUUUAUAAUAAGAGAAAACAAUAUUUAAGUUAGAGUGAUAUUUUUAAAACACCAAAACAACUUGAUGAUGAAUAUUUUCCUGCUAAAAGACCAGCAUAUUAUUAUGAAGACAGAGAAGAUACUUUAAAUACAAGAAUAACGAGACCAGGAAAAAUAGAUCAAAUUAUUGAUUCUAUUAAUGUUAACUAUAUCCCAAAUUCUGAAUGCUUAGAACCCUAAACAAUUGUUGACAUACUCUAAAAUACCAUAGAACUAGCAGGAGAUGAGUUUAUUCGAAUGACACAAAAAAAUAGGACUUAAAGAAGAUAAUUUAAAGAAAAUUAAAAAUUAAAUUAAUACCGAUACUAAAUUAUUAAAUAUAAUGAAGACUUAGAAGAACUAUUAGAAAAGGCAUAAGCAGAGUUAUUAACUAGAUUAGAUAUUAAUAAAAAUAUUUUUGAAGAAAGCAUGCUAGUUCUAAUGGAAAGAGGGUUUUUUCAAUAAUUAUAUAUGUUAUAAGCAAGUGUCAAAUAAAAAAUAAAAGAAAAAAUACCCUCGAAAAAAGAUUUAUCUCUAAAAUAAAUUAAAGAAAUCAUAAAGUUCAAUAUUAGAAUAUUGAAAGAGCAGCCAGAUCCUUUUAAAAGUAUUAUUUCUUUUAUGAUUAAUAAGCAAGAUUAAAAAGAUUAUAUUCCUAAUGUAAUAAGUUUGUUGGUUCAGGAUUUUAUCUAUUAAAAAUAUAAGAUUGAGGAAGAAGAUCAAAUAAGAAAUAUUUCUAAACCAGAAUGUAUGGGUGAUCCUGAAAUUCUGCACCUAUUGGGUGAGAUAGAAAAUACCAUGUAAGAAUUGAUGCAAGAUUUGGGAUUAGGAGGAUUAGAUUCUAUUCCAGAUAAUUUUGAAAAUUUUGCGUGA